UGCACCCAUCUUCGCAGCGCACGUUCCAACGCGUCUAUUUCGUGGCAAGAGGUUUUCGCAAAGCGACCUAAGAAAAACAAAACAAAACAUCACACCAUCAAUCCAACAUCGCAAUCACCUAGGACCACGAACCGCCGAUCGACAAUGGAGGAAUUUGAAUUCUUUCCGGAGCUUCCCAAGGAGUUACGUUUGCUGAUUUGGGAGACAGCUUUGGGUCUGGAGGAACCGAGAAUCGUGUCAAUCCAGCAAAAAUGCUUGAAGAAAACAAUUGGAGCUUGGGAGAAGGAGAACAAUGCCAUCUGGCCACCGCUCGACAGAAGAACGCAUCCAAGACAAGCAGGGAGAGCUGAGAGGACAGGAUAUGCGAGCAAAGCGCAGCUCGAGGAACAAGGAAGACGUGCUCGGGGUUGGAUCUCGAAGCUGUCGGGACGAUCUUACAAAAAAGCUAGUUUGAUGGGGGUCGCAUGCAAUACACCACCACCAUCACUGUUGCUAGUAUCCCAUGAAGCUCGCGACGUGGCUCUGAAGCGUUACAGUCUUAUUCUUGCGUGUCCUCAGUCGAACCCCGAGACAUACUUCGACUUCACCUUGGAUACUCUUUACAUGACCUGGCGCAAUUUCAACAGAUACCGACUAAAACCUACCAGCCCUGCGCCCCAGCUUGAUGUCUGGAAUGGUUUCAUAGAUUUCGAUAAUCUUUUCAAAGUCGAAAGAUUGGCCAUCCAAGUAAUUUCAUCUCGGAAAACUCACUUCGACGAGAAAAGGGUUGCAGAAGUACUAAGGGUCUUUCCAAGUGUCAAGCAGCUCUCUCUGGUUGCUCAGCAUUAUCACGACUCGAACUUAUCAGCCCUCGAACAGUCUGAUCUCUGCCUUACCGACGACCCAAUCGAUGUUGAGGAGGCAUUCAAUGCGUACCACAAUUUCGAGUAUAAUGAGGACGAAUUUCAUAGCUACUACGGAUUCUGGACGCUGCCUGUAAUCCAAGAAAGUACAUUAUUGCCUCGAAAAACGAGAGCCGAGUUGGAGGAAUUACAGAAAGACUGUGAGCGCACGAUAGGGGAGAUCGACGAGCGAAUAGCGGAAGCUGAGGAAGGAAUGUGGGACAAUGAGUACGAUAUGUAUGAGCCUAAUUCUGAAUGA